GGCGGGGUCAGAUGACCGAGGUGUGGGGACGUGGGACGCGGGACCUGGGCGGAGUCAGGUGACCGAGGGCGGUCCCGCUCCACCUGCGUCGGGAACAGGUCGGACCGGAGUUGGAGCCUGAACCAGGAAGUGGCGGCGGGUCUGGCCGCGACUGUCCCGGCACCGAGAGGCUGCAGGAUGAGUUCGGCCGAGGACGAUUACAGCUUUGUGUUUAAAGUGGUGCUGAUAGGAGAAUCUGGGGUGGGGAAGAGCAACCUACUCUCUCGCUUCACCCGCAACGAGUUCAACCACGACAGCAGGACCACCAUCGGGGUGGAGUUUUCCACACGCACCGUCACUGUGGAUGGAGUGGCCGUGAAGACACAGAUCUGGGACACAGCCGGGCUGGAGCGUUACCGAGCCAUUACCUCCGCGUACUACCGAGGAGCAGUAGGGGCCCUGCUGGUGUACGACAUCUCCAAGCACCAGACGUAUGAGAACGUGGAGCGGUGGUUGACCGAGCUCCUGGACAACGCUGACAACAACCUGGUGGUGAUGCUGGUGGGCAACAAGAGUGACUUGUCCGACAUCCGCACUGUGCCCAUCGAUGAGGCUAUGACCUUCGCAGAGAAACACCAGAUGUUGUUCAUGGAGACGUCUGCGCUGGACUCGACCAAUGUGGAGCCGGCAUUCCAGUCUGUUAUCACAGAGAUCUUCCGUCGCCGGGCUGAGGGACGGAUGAGCCAGGCAUCUCGAACCACAGUCACCCUCAGCCCCAACAGCGUCUCCAACGAGGGGGCCAUGGUGACCCCGAGGAUCUGAACACGCCUGCCUUGAACUUGACGUGAGCAAGUGUCAGAGUCAUACAGCAUGGCCCUUCGACUCAACUGCUUUAUGCUGGCCAACAUUCCCAUCUAAGCUGGUCAUUUGACUCAUAUCUCCCUGACCUUUUGCAUUGCUCCCUGUUACUGUUGAUGGUGAAGAGGUUGAUGUGGUGAGGACCUACCAGUACUGGGGGUGCACUGGGAUGACAGACUUGAGUGAGGCACCAACACAAAGGCUGUGUACAAGAAGGGUUAGGGUCACCUCUACUUCCUGAGGAGACUGAGGUCCUUUGGAGUAUGCAGGCCUCUCCUUCACAUGUUCUACCAGUCUGUUGUUGGCAGUACAAUCUUCCAUGCUGUGGUGUGCUGGGGCAAUGGCAUCAACACCAACAAUAAACAUUAGAAAGGCUGGCUCUGUUAUAGGAGUCAAACUGCACACACUGGAGGCCAUGUUAGAUCAAAAGACCCUAAGGACACACUGCCAAUUCUGGAUGAUGUUUUGCACCCUCUGCAUUCUACCUUGGCUGAAUGGAGGAGCAAUCUUAGUUAUAGACUAAGACAAUAGCACUGCUCCAAAAAGUGCUAUAUGAAGUCAUUCUUGCCCUUAGCCAUUAGGCUUUAUAAUGAGUCAACCUAUAUCCAAUGAUGACCUCCUUCUGGUAGACUGUUUGUGGUAACUUAUUUUUUUCUUCUUUCUACUUCUAAUAUUUAUGUCUGUGCACUUGUAAUGCUACUGAGACUGUAACCUCCUUUGGGAUCAAUGUAGUAUCUACCUAUCUAUGUGAAACACUGACCCUUUAAGAUCUUGGGAUCAAUAACAUGUCCAUCCCAGUCCAUCCCGACCUUUUGCUUUUAACCUCGAUUUCAUUCUCUUGGGAAUACCUCCAGCAGUGUGAAAUGGAUCAGUUAAAAGCUGUGUGUGCCCGAGGGUCAAACUGCUGACUGCCAGUGUGUCUUGCUGUUGUCUGUGCUGAGUGUGUCUACCCCACUCUGAGCUCAUGAAUUAGAGGGACUCUUUAGUUUGUUCUCAAGUCCUGCAGCACAGGAACAGGCUCUUUGGCUCACUAUAUCCAUUCUGACCCUCCAGUAUCCAUCUUCAAUAAUUCCAAUCCCCAGCACUAAGUCAAUUUCCUUCUCUGCCUCAAGUGCUUGUUCAGAUACUUUACUAUUGUCAGAGUCUCUGCCUCCACCACCAACUCAGACAUUGCGCCCCAGAUACCAACUCCAAAGUUCUUUGCAUCCACUCUUGACAUUGUUCUCCUUCCCCAGAUUUCUGUUGGCCUCAGACACCUUAGCUUUGGGGAGGCGUUUUACACUUUGCUGACCAUCUCUACUCCUCAUAACUCUGUUCACAUCCAUUGCACCCUCUCCAGUGCAGUCACCUCCGUCCGAGAGCCUGUGACCAGAAUUCCACACAGUGCUCCAGAUGUGGCCUGCCCAAUGGUUUCUAAAGUUGGACCAUAACCUCCCUGCUCUUGUAUCUUGUGGCUAAUGCAGGCAAGUUUCCCGAACACCUUUCUUACCCCCUGAUCUGUGCUGCCACCUUCAGGGAUCCUUCGACCUGUACACCGAGGCAACUCUGUCCCUCAGUACCUACCGUUCUCAGUGUAUCCUACCCUUGUACACCAAGGUCCCUCUGUCCCUCAGUACUCCCUACCAUCACAGUGUGUGUCCAAGAUGUGUUACAAAAAAAUUUCUCUUAGUAAUAAUGAUCAGAGAGGCACAGAGAUAAUCUGCAUUUACCGACAAGUUCCUUUAUUGUCUCAACUGAAUUUACAUGAAUUUCCACAACUGAAUAUCUGUGUUCACAUCCAAUUUUUCCUGACCCUCUGUGAACAGUUAACAAAUACAAAAAGUAAAGGAGUCUAUGCUGGCCAUGUGUUCCUCAUUGUUCCUAUCUAAUCUCCACAUGUCCUUGGUUAUUCCCCAUCUGUGAUGGUUGGUCUCUGGAAAGUUGUCACUCUUUUGAAGCAUUUGAAGCUCUUGGUGUUCCUCAUCAGUUCAAAUGAUAUAUUUCCAUCCCGUAGGCUCAAGGUCACCUGGGUUAGGUUGCUCAGUACUCCUCAAGGCCCAGUAACUGUGCAUGUCUGGUUGUUAUGAAAAUCCAUAAUUGCAUCACCUCACAUUCAUCAGUAUUAAACUGCAUCUGCCGUCGCUCUGCCCAAUACUUUCCUGUCAACACAAGCAUCUGUAGAAUUGGGAAAACAGAUAGUAUGGAACCUUCUUCAAUCCACAGGAUGACAAAAGACUGCAGAAGGUUGAAGCCUGUUACUCGGGCAGAACCCUCACUGCCAUCUAACGGUAGUGACUCAAGAAAGUGCCACCCAUCACUCCAGUCCCUCAGCAUCCACAAGACACCAUCAUUACUACCAGCAAGGAGGAGGUGCAAGAGGCUGAAGACCCAAACUCAAUAUUUCAGAUUUCUGGACAGCCCAUGAACUCAAAUUCUCUCUUCCUCAUUUUGCACUACUUAUUUUUGUGACUUGUACCUGUGAUGUUGUGGCUGAGUAAAACUGAGCCAUAUAGAAGCUGUAACCAGGAAAUAUGGAAGUCUUUAUUCACAUUCCAGUCCUUUAGGAGAGAGAAAGGCCAAGAGAGUUUCACUUUCCUGACAGGUUUUAUACUUUAUAAACAACGAUAACAAUGAACUAGUUUCACUGUCUGUAAUUGCCUGUUGAACUUUAACAUUUUGAAUAUAGUCAACAGCAGAUUUCAUUGGCUCUGCGCUCAAUUCUGGAACAUCUGAAUAGCAAAGAUACAUACAUCAAGAUGGUCUUCAUUAAGUCCUGGGUCUCAUUACCUCCUUGAGCAACUGGAUCCUUAGUUUCCUCACUUGCAGACCCCAGUUUGGAUUGGCAGCAACAUCUCCUCCACAGCCUCCCUUAGCGUAGAAGCACCACGAGGCUGUGCGUUUAGCCUCCUGCUCUACUUGCUUUACGCUUGUGACUGAAGUUGAACCAGUCGGUGUGGGUCCUGCGGCUCCUGCAGCACUUUAUUGGUGGCAGCAGUGAGAAGAGAACAUGGUCUGGAUUUUGGGUGGAUAUUGCUUUCCAGUGCCUGCAUUCCAUGUAGAUGUGCUCAUUGGAGGGGAGGGCUUUACCCACAGACUGGGUUGUAUCCAUUACUUUGGUAGAAUUUUCUGUACAAUCUUAGCAAAUUUCUAAGAAAAUAAAGGUGCUGCCAUGCUUUCUUUGUAA